AUGGGAUCUGGCGCUUCGAAACCUGAGGAACCUCCCAAGGCACAGAUUCUUUGCAGUCGAGCUCUGAGGUAUGCUCUCUCCCCUCUUAACCCGAGUUCUCAUAUUCGUCAGCCUAAAUCUGACAUACCUCAAAAGUCUGAUUCCACCCGCGCCAAAACCCUUGAACUCCACAUCCAAGCCCGCGUCGCCAGCGAACUCAAAAAGCUCCAAGAGCGCGCCAGUAAAGACUUCGAGGAACUAACCACCAAACUCUCCAACGAGGAAUCUUCGCCUCCAUCCGAAGAGAAGUCCGCAGGCGACAGCUUAAGACAAUUGGGCAGAAAUGCGGUUCAGAAAGACGUAGAGGGGUUGAGGAAAAAGUUGGAGCAAAGGAAGAAGGUGCAGGAUCUAGAUGAGGGGGUUGAGAAGGCGAAGAGUGAGGUGGUGAGGUGCUUGAGAGAGAAUGACAGGAGGCCGUUGGAUUGUUAUAAGGAGGUCGAGGCUUUCAGAAGGGAAGUGAGGAGAUUGGAGGGGAAGUGGGUCGAGGGGAUUGUUAGAUGA